CCGGGCCUCCGGGGGCGGCCGCAGCCGCGACGACCCGCGGCGCCACACGCUGUCCGGCACGGCAGACCACCACCAGCACCAACAGCACCACCAGCACCACCAGCACCAGGCCAUGGCCGGCCGCGCCAUGGACCUCGAGAUGAGUUCAAAGUCACAAAGGCGGAAGUCUCCGCUGCCGCGCGGGUACCCGCCGCUGCCGUCGGCCAUGCUGUUCGACGACGACCCGGGCAUCAUGUCGGAGGUGGAGACCAGCUCGACGGGCUUCCGACGAGGCGGCAAGCAGCGCUCCAGCUUGCCCGUGGUUCGCACCCCGUCCAAGACCCUGGAGCGGCCUCUAGGUAAGGGCGGCGGCGCAGUGGCGGGCCCCCCGCUGUUCGCGUACCCGUACCCCGCCAUGGUGCCGCACGUGGUGUACCAGCCGGUGCUGCCCAGGCCGCAGCACCACCACCACCGCGGCCACCAGCAGCCCGCGCAGGCCGCCACCACUGGCGGGCUGGUGUUCCUCCAGUACCGUAGCGAGACCAAGCGUGCGCUGCUGCCCAACGAGAUCACGUCGCUGGACACGGUGAAGGCGCUGUUUGUACGCUCCUUUCCCAAACAGCUCACCAUGGAGUACCUCGACUCGCCCAUGGUCAAGAUCUACAUUCACGACUCCUCCAAGGACAUGUUCUACGAGCUCGAGGACCUCAGGUCCCACCUGCGCGAGAUCCGCGACCGGUCGGUGCUGCGGCUGUUCGAGGCGGCCGACGUGAACGGGGGCGUGCUGCCCGGUGCAGGGGUGGGCCUGGCCCCGCCCCCGCCACCCUCCGCCUGGGACCAGGACCAGUCCUACUUCAGCGAGCCCGAGUUCGACUCCGACUACCACCACCAGCACAUCCACAAGAGCAAGGUAGGCACUCAACAAGUGUCUCCGCCCCAGAGCAGGCUUCACUCAUACCCUGGUCCCGGUGGCUACUAGGGCCGAGGUCUUCGAGCAGUCACAGCGUGUCAACACCAGAGAUAAUCUACAGUGUUGCUAUGAAAAGUGCUGUCUAGUCUGUUACAUACUGCUCCAAAACUGGAUUGUGUAGGACAAUUUCAAAAGGCUUUGACUGGGCCUUUUAAGUGUAAUUAUAUGAAGGUAAGUACUGGAGUAAGAUAAUGUGAUAGUGACCUAUAGGUACUGUAGCUGUGUGUGAGCGAACUUUGAAGAGUGUAGACAGCUUUGGAGAUAAAGUGGGAAUCCUGAUUGUCUCAAGAUGGGUCUCCGCCUUGGGGGAAUAAGUUGGUGUUAAAAUGGCCCCUGGAGAUAUUACGUGGCAGUGGCCAUUGGAGCGUAGGUAUUUUGAGAUAUGAGGUGGGGCACAAUUCUCAAGGCAGCCUUUGGAUUGCAUGAUCACAUCAAGGUGACCUUUCUCACAAGUGAUCAUUUCAGAAGCCUUCAAGGUCAGGGUGGCCAUUGGAGCAUGAGUGCAUGACGGUCGCAUUUGUGACACAAACAGCAGACAUUAAGCAGUACGAUUGUGUCAAAGUGAUGUGUGGUGAAUGUGAUCGUCUCAGCUGGCCUUUGAAGAUAGUGUCAGUGUGAGUCUUGGAGCAUAGCUUAUAACUGUUUCGGCUGGGACUUUAAGGUGUUCAGAUAUAUUUUGGGUGUAUCAUUAUGUCAAGGUGGUUUCUGUAGAGAGUGAACCCUUCAAGGCUGUCUAGCUAAUAUUAUUAUAAUGUACAGAUAAACACCACAGAUAUCGGAUUAUUUGCUUCAUUCUUAGUUUCACUGUACAAACAAGAGCAUCUCUAGUUAUUCAUUGCCCUGAUGGCAACCCAUUAAAGGUUCGAAGUUCCUCUCAGCAUUAUCUUCAACAAAAAGUUGAGAUGAACACACCACAGACCAGCUAGACAUGAUCACACUUUGCAGUUGUUCAUUAUGUUAGGGAAGCUACGUAUAGUCUGAUCACCUUUGGAGAGUGUCAUAGUGUCAAGUCAGUUUUUGGGGAAUGUGACAUUGUCAUUGUGGACUUUGGAAGUAGUGAUCAUAUCAGGGUGGCUAUUCAGUCAGAUAUAAGUGGGAUUCAAAAAGAAACGACCCGAAAGCAAAAUUAUAAAAACUAGUACCUGUAUGUCAGAUGUAUUGACCUUGGCUGUUGAGACACUUGUCCCACUGUGACCCAAGGUGGUGAAUGGCUGCCCCUUAAAAUUCCCAGGGCUGCGAUAUUAACCAGUUCCCCAGCUGGACGUCGUCGUCCGAGGUGAAUCGUUUGCCCCUCACAACCUUUUUAAGGGGACCAAAAAUGGCAUAACCACAGGGAGAGAGGUCCGGACUGUAUGGAGGGUGGCCGAGAACCGCCCAUUUGAAUUUCUGCAGGAGUGCCGCGACUGUGUUGGCCGUAUGAGGCUUUGCAUUGUUGUGGAGCAGAAUGAACCCACAGGUGAGAUUGCCUGGUCGUUUUGAUUUGAUCGCUUGGCGAAGGGUGGUCAAGAUUUGCGAGUAAAGCAGGGCAUUCACUGUUGUCCCUGUGAUUUUGCCAUUUUUGGUCCCCUUAAAAAGGCUCUGAGGGAGAAACGAUUCACCUUGGACGACAAUGUCCAGCUGUACUUGCAGAACUGGUUAAAAUUGCAGCCCCGGUAAUAUUAUGAGACAGCCAUUCACCGCCUUGUCUCAUAGUGGGACAAGUGUCUCAACAGCCAGGGUCAGUAUUUCUAACAUACAGGUACUGGUUUCUGUAAUUAUGCCUCUUGCUCGUUUCUUUUUGAACAGCCCUUAUAUAUAAUGUGGUACCCAUUUGGGCAUGAGUGUUUCAAGGCUGCUUAGGGAGGGGAUUAAAGCACAGUAACCUUUGUAGAGCAUGACCAUAUGAAAGUGACCUUUUGUCAACGUGACCAUGUCAAAGCACCAUUUAAAGGUAGAGAUUAUGUCCAGGUGGUCUUUGCAACAUGGGUGUAUCAUGAUAUCAGUUAGAAUACGGUGAUGUUAAGACAGUGAUUGGGAUGUAUGUUGGUGUCAAGGUGGUCUGUGGUGAAUGUGGUCAUGUCAACUGGCCUUUGGGGAUCAUGCCAAUGUGGCCUUCAAAGCAUGGGUACGUCAAUGUGCCAACUGGGACAUCAUGGUUGCUUAGGACACCUUGGUCGAGUACGGUUAUAGCAAGUGGUCUCUGUAUAGUGUGGUCUUGUCAAGGCAGUCUUUUGGCGAGUUAUAUCAGUGUGGCGUCUGGGAUAAUUAUCGUGUAAAUAUUGCUGCCGAAGCAUGAGUGUGCUGUAAUGUCCAUUAGGACACAAGAAUGUCAGGGCGGCAUUUGGGGAGUCAGUUGUAUCAUGGUAGUCUUUAUAGAGUGUGAUGAUGUCAAGGUGACCUUUGGCAGAUAUGCCUAUGUAGCAGCACUUUUUGGGUGUCAUUUGUAAAAUGCGGUCAGGUGAAGAUGGUUUUCGUAUGUCUCCGGAUCCUUUUUGUAAACCAUCUUAUCUUGUUGGCCUACAAUGUUUCUGAUCUCCUUUGAAGAGUUUGGAGCUGACGAUACUAGAAGGAGUUUUUCAGUGUACUGUUGGGAACAUGAUGGUGUCUACAUCUACAUUGAUACUCCGCAAGCCACCCAACGGUGUGUGGCGGAGUCAGUGUAGUCAGUGGAGAGAUUAAUAGUAACAGGAUGGCCUUUGCAGAGUGUGGU